AUGCCUUACACACCGCUCGAGUCCGGCAAGAAGAGGGUCAUCCUCGGUCUCAUGACCUUUGGCCCCGACAAGGAAGCCGGUGCCCGUAUCACCGACCUCGAGGAGUUCAGGUCUAUCUUGGAUGUCUUCCAGGCCCAAGGCUACGGCGAGGUGGACACUGCCAAUGCCUACGUCGGGACCAAGCAGCAGGCGUUCACCAAGGAGGCGGGAUGGCAGGAGCGGGGCCUCAGGCUGGCAACCAAGUUCUACCCCAAUCCCCAGACCGGCGGGCACGAUGCUGCCAACAUCCGGAAGCGGUGCGAGGAGAACCUGGAGAGGCUCGGGUCCAAGUCGACCGACAUUUUCUACCUCCACGCGGCGGACCGGAACACCAACUUUGCCGAGACGCUCGGGGAGUGUGACAAGCUCCACAAGGAGGGCAAGUUCAAGCAGCUCGGCGUGAGCAAUUUUGCGUCGUUCGAGGUGGCAGAGGCGGUCAUGAUCUGUACGGAGAGGGGAUGGGUCAGGCCGACCAUCUACCAGGGGAUGUACAACGCUAUCACCCGCAACCUUGACAUCGAGACCAUCACCGCUUGCCACCGGUACGGUAUCGACGUCGUCGUCUACAACCCCCUCGCCGGUGGUCUCUUCUCUGGCAAAAUCAAGUCCAAGGACCAGAACCCGGAGGACGAGAACUCUCGGUUCGGAGCCAAGUCGGCCACCAGCGAGAACUACCGCAAGCGUUACUUCCGGGACACAACCUUUGACGCCUUAGCCAUGGUGGAGAAGGUUGCGGAGAAACACAAUCUCACCCUUCUCGAGAUCGCCCUCCGUUGGGUGAUGCACCACUCGGCGCUCAACGUGGCCAAGGAUGGCGGGGAUGGGAUCAUCAUCGGUGUCAGCAGUAAGGCGCAGCUGGAGAGCAAUCUGAAGGAUCUGGAGAAGGGGCCGCUGCCGGAGGAAGUGGUGCAGGUGCUGGACGAGGCGUGGAUCCACACCAAGGCGCUCAGCCCGCCGUACUGGCACGGCGAGCUCAAGUAUGGGUACGACACCCAGAAGGCUUUAUUCGGCAAGUAG